CCGUCGGCGCGGGCCUGGCCCCCUUCCUUCCCCCCGCCCCCCCCAUGGCGGCCUUCGCGCGGGGGAAGGCGCAGCGCCUCGCGCGGGCGGACGGCAGCAGGAAGGGCGGCCUGGACGAGGGCGCCGCCGCCGUCGCCGUGGUGCAGCUCCUCAACGCCCGAGACCCGUUCUGCACCACCAGCUCCUGCUCGGGCCGUCUCGUCCUGCUGCAGGGCGGCGCCGCCGAUAUAAACAACUGUGAGAUCCAGAAGAAAAAUUGCACCUGGCUUAUGGUGACACAUGAAAUGUGUGUCAAAGACGAUGUGAUGGCAGCACUAGAGAAAGCUACUGGUGAUGUUGUACUCAAGUUUGAACCAUUUGUUCUUCAUGUGCAGUGUCAAGAGCUACAGGAUGCACAGCUUCUGCAUUCAGUGGCUGUUGAUUCUGGGUUCAGGAACUCUGGUAUUACGGUUGGAAGAGGAGGAAAAAUUAUGAUGGCGGUCCGGAGCACUCAUUGCUUAGAAGUUCCGUUGAGCCACAAGGGGAAAUUGAUGGUCUCUGAAGAAUAUAUUGAAUUUCUGAUACAUGUAGCUAAUCAGAAAAUGGAAGAAAACAUAAGGAGAAUUGACAGAUUCUACAAAAGCUUAGAGUCGGCUUUGCAAACUGCCGCCGGUGCGAAUGACUCUCCUUCUGAGGGAAUGGAGAGGAGUCGUUCUGUCUAUGUUCAUAGAAGGAAGAGGAAGACAGUUCAUGAACAAAGUGUAUGCACCUCUCCCAAGGAUCAACAUGAAGAGCUGAAGUCUGAGGAUGAUAUAGAAAACAAUCUUGAUAUUUUUGCUGAUAUCACAAUCUAGGCUAAAGCAAACGGAGUAACAAUUAUAAUGCUCUUUGUAAGAGAUAGAAAUACUGCUCUGUUCUAAGUAGUAACACUCCCAUGGACAUUCACUAGAAAAAAGGCAAUUAAACAGAAUUGUGCGCAGGUUCAGUGCCAGAAAACAAAACCUUAGAAGGUUUUGGGUGGUUUUUUUUUUAAAAGCACCAUUGAAUUAACAGUCUUUUUACUCUGUGUUAGUUAUCACAGGAAUAACUGGUUUGGUACAGCCUUUGGCCAUGUCCUUGAUGGAAGCAUUUCAAGUCCGAAUGCUGAGUUCAGGCUGCCUGAUUUUCGCAGAGCAGAGCUGAGAAACUAAAAACUUGGUAGUUAUCCCUGAAGGUUUUUAAUCCCUGUAGGAGCUUUGCCAGCCAUACGGAUGACUGUCUUGGAGCAGACAAAGCUACGUGUGAGCCAGCUGAAGAAUAGUUUCUGGUGUGGAGACAAGACCAGAAAAUGAGAAGUUGGGUCCUACUCUGUGCCAGCUUCAGAGUGUCCUAGAUCCUUUCUGGCCGUUGCACUGGGCAGCAGUGUUGGCGCUGUUUUUCUGUGCUUUGCUGUGUUUCAGGCUCCAGCCCGCUGUGUCCCCAUGUUCUGCUUCCCUUAACCAGUGGCCAUUAAGUGUUAUUUUUCUUUGCAUCUUGUAGCCAGCUCUGUACAUUGAUGGUCUGUUCAGUCCCUUACAUCUCAUUCCGUGUGGCCAGUGCCCAGCAUCCGUUCUAGCUGUCGGGCAUAAAGUCAUCCAAAGUGUACCCUAACAGUCUUUGUUCCCAGGCUGUGAACCACCGGCACUCAACAAAUGUUGAACACAAACCAGUGCAAUAACGUGUGCAGUCCUGUAUUGCACCCCUGGAAAAUUCACUCCUUACUCCAGGUGUAUUUUGCAGAACAAUGGUGAAUUUGUGAACAUUAGCAGCAAUGGAUCCUGAGCCUGCCCUGCCUUUUAUGACCCUAGUAAUCACUAACACUGCAAAACAAGACCCUGACUGAAGGAAAUGGCUUAUUUGGUGUGGUAGCUCCCAGUUCACAGAGAGUUGUCAUUGUUUCCAUUACAUAAGCUUGUGUCUUUGGGACAUUUUAAUUCCACUGUAAAAAAAAUGACAUACAAAGUGGCAGCUAAAGGGAAAAGUAAUUGGGGCUUUAAAUAGAUUCUGGAAGACCUGUUGGGCUGCAUUUCCAGCAGCAGGCAUGCCAGAAAAAAUAAACUUGAGCCUUUUGUGUUGUUUGCGGUGUUCCUAACAUACAGCUUGAGGAGUCUGGUGGGUGUUCUGUUUCUGGUGGCUGGAAGGACCUCAGCACUCAGCAGAGGUGUGGCAAGGUGACCAGAACGACAUGAUUCCAUCCAUGCAAGAAGACUGCAGUUGUGUCAAGUGAGAUACUUGGAGGUUGAUGCUGCCCUUGGCCGCUGGCUGCAAGCACAAAUUGCACAAACAACAGAAAAAUAGUUACCAUAAUUUUCCUCUUGUGGAGGGGGUGAGGCACUGGUGAUGAGUUUUUGAAGAUGAAAGAAAAUCAGCUUGUGAGGUGACCGUGUAUGUAAGAUCUUGAAAUGCUGCAAGAAACCUUCAAAAGUAGAAAAGUUCACAAAUCUUAUGCAUAUUUAGGUGGACUAAUCCUUGUUUAAUUCUGACUGAACCAGGGGGGAUCAUUUCUAAUGCUGAGGAGCUGCUUGCUGGGAAGCUUGCAGCAAGUGCUGAGUGCUAGUGGGCUCAAGAGCAGCUGGUAGGCUCAGACUGGGCAGUGGGUCUGCCAACAUGGGUGUGGGGGCAAGUGAACCUGGGGUCCCACAGUCUGUGCAACAGCAGGACCACAGGUAGGACCAGCCGAGGGUCCCCACAGCAGCUGGAGCCAGCAGCUCCUCGAGGCUUGGGGAUGUGGUUCUGCCACACUUUACUGGGGUGUGGGUGGAUUGCAGAGGGUUUGCUCAGAGCAGUCAGAACAAUCUUCUGCAUCCAAAGUGACACUGGUGAGGUCUGGCUCCGAUCUGUUGGCAGUCCUGCAAGGGACUGCAGAUGUUAUUAAUGAAUGGGAGCCAUUGCCAUGCACUUCACGGUGCUGUCACCUUGCCCCACACAUGGGAAGAUAGAAUUUAGUACUGAAAAAAAGCAGAGAUGGGAAGAAAUUGCAUCAGACUUCACCCUCAGCCCAGAGUUGCCAUUGCUGUGUCCGAGGCAGCCUGCCUCAGAACUCGGAGAAGGCUUACUUCCAGCUGCAUGUGGUUGUGAUGGCACCUGUGUAAGGUAAGAGAGGGAGCAUGGAUACUGAUUUUGUGUAUAACCCAGGACACUGCUGUGCUUUCAAGGGCAGAGCUGUGGGGCUGUGCGUUGGGAGGAAAAGGUAUUUAGUACAACUACUUCAUUUUUGGGAAGCUCCUUUUUUUUUUUUUUACUUUGUUUUCAAAAAUUAAUCCAAGCACUACGAUAAUGUCCAAACCUUGACAGUGUGUAACAGCCCAUACAGGAUUUACAUUCUCAGAAAUAAGGUUUGUCAGCAACUGCUGUGUAACGUGAGCCCACAUGCCUCUUGAAAGUUAUAUCAAAUUCAGGAACAAUUUUUGACAGUCUUAGCCCAGAAAGGUGACCCUAACUAUGGCCAUCUUGUUGCUUUAUACCUGUUAACUCCAAUUAUUGAAGACUGUUGGGGAUCUCAUACAGAAAAUCAAAACAAGACCCCACGACAAGAAAAGUUGUGUGAUUCUCAGUGAAAUUAGAGAAUCCUGUUACCUCACUAUCUAAAACAUCAAAAAGUUAUUUCAAGGGGUUUUUGAUUUUUUUUUUCUCCCCUGAAUGUUCCGGAGGCGAUACCAAGGGCAGUUUUAGGAGUCCUGCAGCCUUGCUGGGGAGGUGCCGAAUGCCAGCACCACCCAGCUCCCUGCACCACUGUCCUUAUCAGCCCCGAUUCCAGGGGAUGGCCACACAUCUCCCCAGUUCUUACCCAGCUUUCACAAGUUCGAGAUUAAUUUUACCAAGCUGUAUUUUAUUUCCAGCUCCUGCAACUGAUUUUGUUAUGCCCCAAAUGCAUUACUCAUCAGACAGGAAGGCUGCACAGAGCCUUUGGAAAGGUAAUUCUGGGGUUCAUGACAGAAGAGAAACUUACUGAUAAGCAACAAGAUUCCUGAAACUGGCAAAUCUUUACCACUUCUAAGUGUGCUUAGCCAUUAAUAACGAAGGGGUAUUUUCAGCCAGCCUUUCAUAAUUUCUUUUGCUAUUUUAAAAUAUUGAAACAUUUAAAAUUACAGUCUCAUUCACUUUGCACUCAGUUGUUUCUGGCGAGGCAGCUGUGUUCAUUCCCUCCAGUAACUGAUGGUCUUCUCUCACCAUAAGAUUUGACAUCCGUACCAGAAAAUCACUUCAAGUUGCCGUUCCUGACAUUAGAGUCCUGCUCACCAACGGCAUCCAGCAGGCACUUCAGCACAGGAGUCUCUCUGCGAUAAUGCUUUAUAUACAAAUCACAGAUGUCACAAGCACAACUAUUUGCUUAAAACGGCUUCUUCCUCUGAAACUUGAGUACUUAGAUCAGUUUACAAGAACAUAACAGUAACAGCAUCAGAUUGCAGGAGAAAACACUGUUUUCAAAUGGAGUUAAAGCCCUCAGGAUAGGAUGGGUUAACUGUUCUCAGCCACCACUCCUAUUAAUGCUUUACUUGAAUUUCCCUGCGUCUCUACACUUAACAACUACAUGCAAUUGUGUAAAAUUUAGUCUCAUUUUUUUAAAACAAUUUUGUACUUUUAAAUAUGCCAUGCUCUGGAGUCUUAGAAAGCCUUUGAUACUCCUGGUUACUGAAAAUACACAAUUACUUUGCAAUAUCUUGUCAAUUAGAUUUUAUACAUUAUGAUAUUAAGGACCACAUUUAACUUUCUGGUUGGAAGCAACACCAGUGAAGUGUGCUGUGCUUUUUCUCUUUGAAAAGAAAUUUAAGUCUAUAGAAAAAUAAAUAGAU